GGAAACGAAACGAAACAAAAUUAGGCUAGUUAAGGGGGCUGCCUCUUGCCCGGCUACAACAAACAACAACAAAACAAGGCCAAGGCUAGGAUCUUGGCUAUCCAUCGUCAGUGUCAGUGUCACUGUUGCAAAACAACUAGGCCUAACCUGAAGGAUAGAAUAGGCAACGUAGCCUAGGCACUUUUUAAAAACGCCUAGUCAUUCUCAGUGACCAGCUUUGCGAUUUAGUUUGCAAUUACAUAUUAGGCCUAGACUCUACGAUUUGGGAGUUUUAUUGUAAUUGUGCCGUGCCGUAGCCCAGUCGAGCAGCGAGCCUAGACUAGAUCUAGGCCUAGAAAUCUAGAUCUAGCAGGGUACAGUAUAUAGUGAGGUGUGUCAGUGUCAGGUGCCACGAUAAAGUAGGCUAGCCUUGCGCUUGGUGGAGACUUGGCCUUCAACUUUAACAUUAGAUCUAUCUAGAUCUAGAUCUAGAUUAUAUAAUAUAAUCGCUUUUAUCGGACUUCUCGGCGUACUGCGUUCCCAGGCUCAGGAAGGUUCUGAUCUGAUUUAGAUUCUAGAUCCUAGAUCUAGAUCUAGAAAUCUAGAGGUGUCCGGAGCAGAGGCCAAACUUUUCCAAGUUAAAUUUUUUUUGUCUUCAAUCUUGAGCUUCAUGAUACUAGCCUAAUCAUCCUAAUCAUGAGAUCUAUACUCUAGAUCUAGGCUUCGACCUUUCUCUAUCUAGAUCUAGAUCUCUAGAUUUCUAUACUGGAUCUAUACUAAUACCAUAGGAGGCCAAGAUAUCGCCAUGCCUUUAGCAGCAAAAACGAUCUUGGUGACCGGAGCGUCAAGAGGAUUGGGUCUGGAAUUUGUGAGACAAAUUCUACAAGCCUCUGCAGCACCUGAAGUACUCAUUGCAGCCUGUCGUAAUCCCAGUUCUGCAUACGAUCUUCAGAAUCUGGCGAAAGCACAUCCAUCAGUGAAAGUGAUCAAAUUAGAUGUGGAAAAAGAUGAAGACAUAAUUUCUGCUGCCCAGGAAACAAAAAACAUUGUUGGAGAGCGAGGACUGAAUCUUUUGAUCAACAACGCUGGUAUCUAUGAUAAAACUGAUGGCUCUGAACUUAAAACCCAGUCCCGGGAGAAUAUGCAGCGACAUUUCGAUGUCAAUUGUUCUGGCCCCAUCAUCAUGGCACAGAAGUUCCUGCCUCUCCUAGAGCAAGCCGCAGCUCAGAACAAGUCUCAGCCCAUGAGUAGUAACAAAGCUGCCCUCAUCAAUAUUUCUUCCAUCAUGGCAUCUCAAAAUGUGACUUACGAAAGUGGAAGAGGGACUUCCUUUCAUUACAAAUGCUCCAAAUCUGCGGUGACUAUGGCUACUAUUUUGAUCUCUCGAGAGUUGAGAGCAGCUGGUAUUUUGGCAUUGUCACUUCACCCGGGCUGGGUACGUACAGACAUGGGGACAGAAAAAGGCGAUAUUUCUCCAGAGGAGAGCAUUACUGGCUGCCUUCAGGUGAUUGGAUCGCAAGGUGAAGAGAGCACCGGCAAGCUUGUCAAUUACAAGGGAGAUGUGAUUCCUUUUUAAACAGCAGCUUUUUGUCCUUUUUGUAUGUAUGACUGCUAGUUUUUCUUUGCUCUUAAAAUUACUUUUUUUGUUGGGGUGGGGGAGAUGAGCUGUAUUUUUUAAUUUAAAAAAAGUUAUUUCUCUCUCUCUCUCUCUCUUUAGUGAGACAGUGGGAAAAAAUGCAUAGUUUUAAAAGUAAAAUUUCAUGGGGAGACGUUAUAAAGCAACCAUAAUGCAUUUGUCACGAGCCAUUUGACCUAGCUCUGAAUAGACGAAGCUGCCAAUUCCACACUGCCUAAUGCGGACAAUUACACUAAAGGAUAGAAAAUACUGAGUUUACUAUUAUUUAAUCAUCUUUUCACCACUGGUUUCUUUUUACAACAAUUUUUUGUAUGCUUCAAACCUUGUUAUACAAUUCCACCAUACCCUUUGAUUCACGUCUUCAGACAUCCUAACUGCUUUGUGAUACUUAAUUUUUUUAACUGCAAUUGAUCUUCUAUUAUCUCAGUGCAGUAUGAUGCUGCAGUUUCUGUUACUACUGUUACUACUGUUUCCCUUUUAUGGAGAAUAGUCACCCUCUGCCUCAGGUCUGCAUUUUGUCUCGAUUGUGUUGCUUUGAAUUGGUUUUUACAUCAUGUAUGGCAGUCUCCUACCUCAGUUCAAAGCAAAUAGACUUCAUUCACAGCCUUUAUGAUCUGCUGAUAACACACUGAGGGGCAUUGUCUCUCAUUGUUUGGACCUUGCUGUUAGAUGUUUGAAAGUUGAUUUACUUUUGUUGAAUUUACAGACAAGAAUUUACAAGAACUAACCUCAUAUGAUAUCUAGUUUGAUCUUGCAGGAUGUCAUAUUGCAUAUAUAUAAAUGUAAGUAUAUCUAGUCAAGAUAUAUAUAUCAACUUAUUUUCAUCAAGUUUUUCCCCCCACUUUUCAUGUAUACUUACUAUGUUUAAUGCAUUCCAAACUUGUUAGUUUCUAUUUUGAAGUACGUGACAAAUAGACGGACGGACGGAAGUUGUAUUCAGAA